CCUUAGCUUACUAGCAAAGUUAGCAAAAAGCGUGCUUUUUUGGAAAAAGCCUCGUUGUCCGAAUGGCGCUGCGCCGAAGCAACCAUCUGAGCGGCGGUCUGCUCCUCCACGUGAGCCACAGCACCACCUGCAUCGGCGAGGGCAUGCGAUCGAGCACCACGACGCGCGAUCUCCAGGCGCUGCUGCAGCGCUGCGAGUCGACGCCCGAGUCGGCCAUGGUUUGCAGCAACGAACCGGGUCAGCAAGCCAGCAGCAGCAGCAGCAACAGCAGUGGUGGUGAUGCCCUGCGAGGUAGCGCCUCUGCUUGCACCAGCGGGGUGACUGCAUCGGUACACCCAUUUUCACGGCUGCGCGGAGCGACUGGGCGCACGGAGAGCGGCAGUGCUGGGGCGCUAGGGCGUGAUGGAAGCAUUCACAGCAGCAACACAUCGCUCUGCUCACACAGCGACGACGCCACCGCCUCAGCCCAUGCCACCCUGCCGCCCAACCCGAGUCUGGGCAGCAGCAACAGUCACUACGAGCACGUCUCGGCUGUGAUGAGCAACGAGCAGCUCGUCGCAGAUGAGGCAGCAGUCGGAUACUCGUUUCCCACGCAACAUGGCGCAAAAAACACAAAGAAUCACAGCCCAAAGAACCUGCCAACGACGAUGACGCUUCCACCGCAGCGCGAAGAGCACGACGACCAAGUGAGUGCACUGUCAGCUACCGCUGGUGGUGCUGCUGGUGGUGGUGGUGGCGGUGCUUGUCGACCGCGGCUCUGCUUGCUUCAAGUCGGCUCGUUCCCGUCUUCAUCAUCGACGAACGCCUCGGAGGUUGAUGACACGGACGUCGCCUCGAACAAGCCCAGCGCAGACCCGACUCUUGACACUGAGCCCACCGAUGAGCAUGGUUACAAGCCCACUGCUGCUGCUGCUGCUGCUGCUGCUGCCUUCAAUGCAACCACAGCAGCAACAACGAUGACGGACGUAAAGCAGGCUGGUCACGGCUCGACCGCCUCUUUUGUUUUGGCCAAGCCGAUUGCUGCCUUUACCCUGACGACGACGACGACGACGACGACCGUGGCGACCACGCCGCUCAUUCUGGGCGACCAUGCGAUCGAGCUGCCGACGUCCUACGCAGCGCCAGUGACAUCGUCGGUGGUCGCGAGCGUCGCAGCUGCUGCUCCGACAACCGAAAUGAUGGCUGCGACCGCUGAGGCAGUGUUUGCCCACGCCCCGAUGCCGACAUCGGCGCCCAGUCUGACCGCGGUGCAUCACCACGGUGCCGCCGCCCGCGUCACCCUCGCCGCCGCCAUCAAAGCACGCGUUGUACGAUCCGUCCGCUGCCUUUGCGACGCCGAUUUCGCCGCCCGUCAGUGCCAACCCGCACCACAGAAGGAGGAGUAA